AGCACACGACCUAUGACCAACAUUUGAAAGAACACUGGUUCAUCUUGUCCAGAUGGGGGCGCUAUUUUUUUUUCUGCGAAAGCACGGCGGACCUUAGCGGGAUGCCACCUGCCUUUUCUUCCGGGUUCACACCGCCUCGCAGAGGUUGAAUAUGAAUCUAUGAAGUCGUAAUUUAUUUACAAAAACUACGUGCUCCUGCUACGGGGAGAUAGCGUGCUCCGGUUUAGCGUCUGUACGUUCUGUCCCAGCUUGUCGUUGUAGCUGUUGAAGCGGCCGGUGGUUCCAGGUCUGCGCGUUAGCUAAACAUGUCUGCGGAGGAAGCGGACAAAACAGCCACCACUGACGCCAGCGCUGGGGAUGAGGAAGAGGAAUGGCUGUAUGGAGAUGAGUCUGAGAGUAAAGAGGAGGACGAGGAAGCCAAGUUGAACGCUGCUGUCGGUGCACCUGCUGACACGUCAGGAGAUGACGCUGCACACGCGACAGGAAACGGAGUGGCCUCUGAGGCCACUGGUGAGGGCACGGGUGAGAAUGUUGACAGUGACAGCGACAGUGACGACGAUGACGACAAUGAUGUCCGUGUCAUCAUUGGAGACAUUAAGACUGGAGCGCCGCAAUACACGGCAUAUGGAGCUCCGCCUGUUAACCUCAACAUAAAGACAACAGGUUCCAGACCGUAUGGACAAGCCGCGAAGCUGAAAGGAGUGGAUCUGGAUGCACCCGGGAACAUUAAUGGGGUUCCAGUGCUGGAGGUGGACAUGGAGUCCUUUGAGGAGAAGCCCUGGAGGAAACCAGGAGCGGAUCUGUCCGACUACUUCAACUACGGUUUCAACGAAGACACCUGGAAGGCGUACUGCGAGAAGCAGAAGCGACUGCGGAUGGGUCUGGAAGUCUCCACAGUGGGAUCGGUGACCAGCAAGAUCACUGUUCAACAGGGAAGGACAGGAAAUGAAAAGGAUAUCUGUAGUAUGCCUAUUCACCCCAAGACGGACUUCACAUCUCCCGUCAGCUUGUAUAAGUCUGCUACCUGUCAGGUCACCAGAAAGUCGAGUGGCACCAUAGACGUGAUCGGUGGACAGUUGGCCACGAUCAGCAGGGUUGAAGGCAGACGCAGACACAACUUAGAUGGAAACAAUAUCCAGGUGAUUUCAGAGCACACGACUUCAGAGGCCGAGCCAGCCCCGGCAAAGAUUCCCGCUUUCUUCCCUCCGGGCCCAAUCCCUCCGAACAUUCCGCCGCCUCCGUUUCUCCCUCCCCCGCCAAACGUCAGCACGGCUCCUCCUCUCAUCCCCCCGCCCAGGUUACCCAUUACCGUCCCUCCUCCUGGGUUUCCUCCUCCAACAAGCGGCCCCCCUCCUUCUAUAAUCCCCACCAUGGACAGUGGCCACUCUGGAGGUUACGAUGGCCGUUCUGUCCCCCCAUACCCGUUUCCUCAAGGUGCUUACCCGCCACCCCUGGGCGGAGGUGUGCCGCCCCCGUGGCCCCCGAUGAUGGACAACACCAAGCCCUGGGACUACUACUCCCGCCGGGAUGACAAAAGGGACAAAGACAGAGAGAGGCCCAGGGAGAGGACACAUGAGCGGGAGCGGGAGCACAGCCCCUCAGCGAUGAGCUACACCAGCGACGAAGAGCGCUACCGCUACCGCGACUACCAGGAGCGGGGCUACGGGGAGCGCCACCGCGACCGGUCGAGCCGAGAGAAAGAGGAGAGACACAGAGAGAGGCGGCACAGAGAGAAGGAGGAGGGACGCCACAAGUCCUCCCGCAGCAGCAGCAGCCGGAGACGGCACGACAGCGAGGAGGGCGACAGCCACCGGAGGCACAAACACAAAAAGAGCAAGCGGAGCAAGGAGGGCAAAGAGGCCAGCGAGGAUAUGGGCGCCGACCAGGAGAACCAGGAGGCCAUGGAGUAGCGACCACCUCCUCCAUUUUUUUGUCUUCAUUACGAUCAGAGGGGGGGAAGAAAUGAGCGAGGGCCCCCGAUGCAUCAUGUCACCCUCCUCUCCGCCUCGCUCGCCCUGCUGCCGUCCUGACCCUGAACACCACGUCAGGGUCCGGGCCACCAGGUCGAGCGGCCACAGCCGUCACGUCCCCCCCGCCCCACCCCCCACCUAUCCGUCAGUAAUAAUUAGGUCAUGCUCAGAUUUCACCGUAUAGUUGGGAUAAUCCUCUCUGAUAUACUUUUUUUUUUUUCCCCCGUUAUUUUUUAUGUCUUUGUGUUCUUGUUCCAUAUGAAGACAUUUAUAGAACGCUGUCAGUUAACUUUGAUUAAAAAAAACAACUUUUCAUAAGAUGUCUUUUGGUGACUUUAUAUAUAUAUAUAUAUAUAUUGUUUUCUGGAAUAAAUAGCUUAACAUCAGGAGUGAUUGUUAAUCUUUAGUUUGCCAACUCAACGUAGCUCUUAAAAGCAACACUUGAACAAUGAAACGUGGGUGUCGUAGUGUUUUUCUAUCCGUCUGUCCUCUCUUCAAACGAAAGGUGUUCGUAUUUCACAUUAUAUAGAAAGACUUUAAAUUCAACUCAAACAUUUUUUCU